UAGAGAGAGAAAGAGUGUGUGUGCUGUGCAGGUGUGCAUGGGCUACUCCCCUUCCACCUAGCAUGCUGUCAAUGUAAAUUCUGUAAGAGUGAAAACAAUCCACUUCUUUUGACACCCCAUGCACUCCUUCCCCCACACCCCUCUGUCUCUCUUCUCUCCCUUGUUCCUCUACUCCCUCGCUUCCUGUCGUUCACCACCUCACCCUGAGCUGUGAGAAAAGCUUCUCCCGAAACCAACAGACAUGGACUCAUGAAAGACACUAUGGAACAACUACUGCUAUGAAGAUAAUCGCCCUUGUACACUCAACACGAACAACAACCUAAAUCUUCCCAACUGGAUUUAAUGACGCUAAUAAACACUGGAUUUUAGGUAACUUAUACCCAGCUCCCACAGCGGAACCAUAAACAGCACAAGAGAAAAGUCUGGAAAAAAGAGCCAGCACUACGUAAAAGCCAACAACAUGACUUUACUGGUUCAGACAAUGGGUGCCAUAUCCCCACACCUCCCAUUUCUCCUCCUGCUGUUUCUCACUUCCCUACCGUUCGCACCAUGCCAAACCUCCACCGUAGCCUCCAACACUACUGAUGUGGUAAGCACCACCCCCCUAAGUUCUCCAACCCCAACCAUCACUGCCACCUUCACAACCACCCUCCCUGGCCCAACCACCCCAACCAGAGCCGUCACCUUAACAGCCCCUCCACUGCAGACCUCGUCCACCUCCCCCUCUAACUCCAACCUGGGCUCAGGCAGCACCCUGGCCCCAACAACCCCUGCGCUGACGGCCCCGGCACCGGGCUGCGGGCCGGGCCUGGACCCCAUCUACUCAUACCUGUGCGACAUGCAGGCGGCAUGGGGCAUCGUGGUGGAGAGCCUGGCCUCGCUGGGCUUUGUGCUGAGCGCCGGCCUGCUGCUGGGACUGCUGCUCUGGAGUCUGUGGCGCUGCUGCUGCUGUGGUGGAGGAGGGUGCUGCCGGCGGCAGAGCUCUCGCUGCGGGGGUUCGGGUGGCAGCGUGGUCUCCCUGCUGCUUUUCCUGCUGGGCACGGCAGGGCUCUUCAUACUGACCUUUGCCUUCGUGGUGCGCCUGACGCCACAGACAUGCCCGACGCGCCUCUUCCUGUUCGGCGUGCUGUCGGCGCUGUGCUUCUCGGCACUGCUGGCACGCGGCCUGGCGCUGCUGGGCUUCGGGGUGGCGCGCGGCUGGGCCGAGCCCGUGGUUGUCCUGGCGCUGACCACCGUCCAAGUGAUCAUCGCUGCUGAGUGGCUGCUGAUGGUGUUGGUGCGCCACGAUCUGCCGUGCAGCUACGAGCAGGACGACUUCGCCAUGCUGGUCAUCUACGUUCUGUGUCUGCUGGCGGCGGCGAUCGUGGUCGCCGGCCGACUGGUGUGGCGCACACGCCGCACCUACGGCUACAGCUACCGGCACACGACCACCUGGAGCCGCGCCGGUCACAUGCAGGCAGUACUGCUGCUCCUCACCGUGCUCCUGGCCGUGGCCAUCUGGGUGGUGUGGAUUGCCUUGCUGACUCGCGGCAACCCCGAGAUGAACCGGCGGCCAAGCUGGGACGACCCGGUGCUGAGUGUGGCGCUGGUGUCCAGUGGCUGGGUGCUGCUGCUCGGCCACGGGCUCUGCCAGCUGGUCUACCUGUGCCGCGGCGAGGCCCGGACCAAAGGCAGCCCGCUGGACUUCACCAGCUGGACCAGCCCCUCGCCCGGGAUUGGCAGCCUGGCGAGCCCGAAGGGCGGGAGGGACAACGGAAGUUUUGAGAACGACGCUGAUGACAGGAGAGGUAAGAGAAGUGAACCAGUGUUGAGAUCUCCAUAUGAAUCAGGAUUUUCCAUGACAGAAAUUGACCCAGAUAAAGACUAUUCCAUUCCUAGGCCUCAGACCACAAACAUAAAUGAACCCUACGAUGAAUACUAUGGACCCAGGCAGUCUUAAUUGACAUGCUUACGUCUAAUUGACAUGCAUACAUUAGUCCUAUCCUACACAAAUAGAGUCAGUCAGUCAUUCAGUCAGACUGCGACUUCUGCACUAUCAGUCUACCAUCAAGUUCAUCACUUCAUUACAGGAAGGAUUUUAUGACUCAUCAUACACUUCUGAUUUUCUUACACACAUUUCUCUGUGUAGCCUAAAUAGCCUACAUACCGAACAGACAGGACGGACCGACAGCGACACCUGCUCAGCAGCAACCUAACGUAUUGACACCCUGAUAGCCUUGAAAACUCAAAUAAAUAGCCUAUGGACACUUUCUCCAAAGAUUCGCUCGGACUGAACACGAACUCUGAGGAUGAUGUAGUUCUGUUUAAUUACACGUUUAUGUAGCAGAUGUCUGUAGGUCUAGGCUAUACUUUUCUGUUUAAUGGAAUACAGGAGUCUUUCCCCAGGAAAACCAUGACAUGUUCGUGACCAGAUCUGUUUGUAUAGACUUGAUUUCUGUUGAUUAUUAUUUUGUACAGUUUGCACUUUGUUCGAAAUUAAAAGGGUAUCUUAUAAAACCGC